AUGGAUAUUACAAAUUCUUCAGGAUACAGAGAUUUUAUGUGGGCAGUUAAUCUACCUCGUUUAGCAUUCGAAAUGGUAGGCUUGUGGCCUAAACACUACAAAUGUAUUAAAAAAAAUUUGUGGGCAGAAAUUUGGGUUGCCAUAGUUAUCAUUUCAUUAAUAUUUAUUUCUAAUAUUCCGAUGAUAUGUACAAUCAUACAAGUUUGGGGUAAUAUGUUACUUGUGAUAGACAAUUUACAUACAACAUUACCUCAAAUAAUAGUAUCAGUGAAAUAUGUUGUCAUUCGACGGAAACGAAAAGUUCUCUUGUCAAUUGUGAAUAUGAUGGCAGAAGAUUGGAUGGCAUUUAAACUGGAUAGAGAAAGAAAUGUGAUGAUUAAACGAGCACAAACAGGGCGACUAAUUAUGAUGAUUGGUUAUAUUAUCAUAAUAACAGGGUUUUUUACAGUAAACUUUCUUUCUUUACUUGAUAUUCACGUAUUAUACGUAACAAAUUACACGGAUCGGCGCAGACUGUUACCAUUGGAGACGUAUCAUUUCUACAAUUCAUAUAAGAGUCCGCAAUUUGAGUUAACAUUUUUUAUUCAGAUUUUGACGACAUUGUUUGCAGCUGUCAUUUACAUGUCUGUAGAUAUCUUUCUAGUUGUUAUCGUUCUUCACAUUUGUGGCCAGUUAGAAAACUUUAGAUGCCGAUUAAUUGAUUUGGUCUUGUACAAAGAUUUCAAUAAAAUUUUAAACGAUAUCGUAACAUUCCAUUUACGUCUUAUCAGGUAUGAAUUUUUAUUGUGA